CAUCCAUGGCGCCAGGGACAUGCGUGGCGGCCAUCCCCGACCUCCCCGAUGCCUAUAAGCCACCCCCGCGUCACCGGCGCCCAACCCUAGUUUUGCUCGCCCCCAUCUCCCUCUGCCUCCCUCCUCAGAUCCCCCUCCUUCUUGAUCUCCGCCAUGGACGCGUCGUCGGUGUAGCCGUCGCCGAUGGCCUCCUCGCUGCCAGAGACCACGCCAGGGGCACCGUCUUCGUCGCCUACUUCGAGCGAGAUCGAGCCGGAAGCCACCGGGACACCCGCUGCUUCCCCGUCCUCAACCUCCAUCCGUCUCGGUCGCCGCCGCCGUCGCCAACACCGGCCACCUCUGCUGCUCCUAAGCCACUCAACGGGCCUCCUUGUGCCUGCUCGACCCCGAGACUGCCGGCGACCCCAGUUCGACUACGGUGUUGACGAUCCCUCCUUGCCAGA